AAACUUUAACCUUACCAACAGCGGCGAUGACUUCGGUCUGGAAACGACUCCAGCGAGUCGGUAAAAAGGCUUCAAAGUUCCAGUUUAUCGCUUCUUAUCAGGAACUUGUCCUGGAGUGCACGAAGAAAUGGCAACCAGACAAGCUGAGAGUGGUGUGGACCAGGAGGAACAGACGUAUGUGCUCUAAGCUCCACAGUUGGCAGCCUGGGAUAAAGAACCCCUACAGGGGAACGGUGAUGUGGCCUGUUCCAGAAAAACAUUGACAUCUCUGUUACAUUGUUCAAGGAACCUAACACAGACGAGUUUGAGGACAAGGAAUGGACGUUUGUGCUUGAGGGGGAGAACAAAGGUCACCGCAAGGUGCUAGCUUCUGCUGACAUCAACCUGAAGCGCUUCGCCAGUCCCACACCGACCCAGACUGACCUGACUCUGAAGCUGAAGCCACUGUCGGUCAAAGUGGUGGAGGCUGAGCUCAAGUUGUCUCUGUCGUGUGUCUUUAUUCGAGAAGGAAAAGCUACUGAUGAAGACAUGCAGAGUCUUGCCAGCCUCAUGAGUGUCAAACCCACCACCGAUAUUGGCAACCUGGAAGACUUCAAUGAGAGCGAUGAAGAGGAGGACCGGAAGUCUGUCACUGCCACAGUUGUUCCACACACACUAACUCGUCCAAACCGUCCUGCUCCUCUUCCUCCUGACACCCGAACAUCCACUGGAGUCACUUUGCCAACUUCAGCUCCUACAGUGCACCAGCAGCGCCCCCAAGAGGUUCAGAACGUAGAUGAUUCUGCUUCAAGCUCUGGCCGUUCCCACGUUUUCAGACCCCAGGUUGUGAAAUCCUUUGCACGCCCCACCUCUCCCUCUCCUAUAUCUGCUGAUUCUUCUCCACUUUCAUCAUCAUCAUCUCUGCCUAAAUGUCCGCCCUCUGGCUCAGAGUCAGUUACUCAGGGGCUUUGGCCUACAUCAGAUCCCGCUCGAGCCAUUGGAAACAUUUCCCCCGUCCCUCUGCUGACUAGUCCAGAUCUCGAUGCUCUCUGUGACCCAGAGACGCCAGCUCUUUCUGCCGCCCUUAUUUCCUCCCCAACUUUUUUCUCCUCCUCUCUCACUUUUAUUAAUUCUUCACCUCCUUCUGCUCAAAUCAGCUCUAGUCAGACAGGCUCAUCACUCUCUGUCCCUCUGGUAGCUAAAGAGACAACUGUAAGCCCAAUGAGCCAAGACAAAACGUCUCCUACCAGUAACCAGACAGGCACAAACAGAAGAACAUUGGAAGAGCCAAAGCUGAUUAUCGCAGAGAGCAAAGCUGGAAAGACCAGUUCAUCCUCUGGAGAAUCUACCAAGUUGGAAACUUUGAUGACACAGCAGAACCAAACAACAGCAGCAGAAGCUCCAGAGACACAUUUAGAAUCACCAAAACCAGUUCCAGAGGAGACUAAAGAGCCUGAGAGACCUUUUGUGCAACCAGUAGCCCCUUCUGAGCCUUCCCCAAAACCAAUCAGAGAAAGGACAGAUUUGUCGCCCCCAAAACCAAAACGACAGCUGCAGCAGGAGAAUGACAUCCAGCCACCAGACAAAUCACAACUGGAAGGAGCAGUUAACGAGAAACCACCUAAAGUUGCUGAUCAGGAGAGCCUUGUGAUCAAUGAAGAGUCGUUGUGCCAUGAAGAGAACAAACUGUGGGCAGCUAUGGAGGAGACCACAGCCGAGACGGAAGCACAAAGAGGGACGGGAAGUACUGAAAGUCCUGCAGUGAAGGAGGAGGAAGAGGUUGUAGUAGGGGGGUCAAAGCACAAAACAACAGAUGUACCUGAUGGUGGACCGGUGAAACAAUCAUUUCAUUCCAAAGACACCUCCAGUACACAUACCAUCGUCUCCUCACUUCAGUGUGAGAUCAAGAAUUCUCGGCUUCCGACAUUACCAGAGGAAGAAACCCCCGAACUCAGGACCAGUGAUCCAUUUGAAGUGGUCACAGAGGAGGUCAAUGGGAAGGAUGACACUGAGGACCUUGUGAACUCUAGUCAGUCAUUGCUCCAGUGGUGUCAGAGCAUCACCAACAACUACGAGGGUGUAAAGGUCACAAACUUCAGCACGUCCUGGAGAAACGGCCUGGCCUUCUGUGCCAUACUGCACCACUUUCAUCCAGACAAAAUAGAUUUUGAGUGCUUGGUUCCUCAUGACAUCAAGUUAAAUAACAAGAAGGCAUUCGACUGCUUUGAGGCGCUGGGGAUCUCUCGUCUGCUGGAACCGUCCGACAUGGUUCUGCUGUCCGUCCCGGACCGGCUCAUCGUUAUGACGUACCUCAGCCAAAUCCGCUCACAUUUCACCAACCAGGAGCUGAGCGUACUGCAGAUCGAGCACAACAGCAGUCAGUCCAGUUACGGGCUCGCUCCUUCUGGUCCCGCUCCCACCAACGUUGACGCCGCCGCCUUCUGCAUGGCCAGGCUGAACGAAGGUGUGAGUCUAGAGGAAGGAGGAAGCAGUGCCUUGGUGGUGCCACCACCCAGAAUCAAAAGGACUAUUAAAGUGGAAGAAACAAGAAUCCCAGUCCCACCCCCAAGAUCGAUUACCAAAGCUGCCAAAUCUGAACAGGAUGAAGAUGCUUCAUCUCUUACUGAAAAUGCUAAUAACUCAGAGCUGCAGAGUGCAGUUGACAUCCAGCCUCCUAAACAAGAAGAAACUAUGCACCUGCAGGACACCAGUCAGUACGUCUUGAGCGAACUGGCGGCACUGGAGACAGAGCAGAAACACAUCGACAGCAGAGCAGCAGUCGUGGAGAGACGAUUGCGAAGCCUCAUGGAAACAGGGAGUGAUCGUGAUGAAGAGGAGAGACUGAUCCAGGAAUGGUUCACUUUGGUCAACAAGAAGAACGCUCUGAUACGCCGACAGGAUAACCUGGAGCUAUUACAAGAGGAGCAGGAUCUGGAGAGGAGAUUCGAGCUUCUCACCAGAGAACUACGAGUUAUGAUGGCUAUAGAAGACUGGCAGAAGACAGCCACUCAGCAGCAGAGGGAGCAGCUGCUCCUCCAGGAGCUGGUGUCACUGGUUAACCAGCGGGAUGAGAUCAUCAGAGACAUUGACGACAAAGAGAAACGUGCUCAGGAGGAGGACGAGCGGCUGGAGCGAGGUUUGGAGAUGAGGAGGAGGAAAUUCAGCAAUAAGGACAACAAAUGUGUGUUACAGUGAAAAGGACAAGCACAAACUGCAGUUGUCAUUGAAUCCCAAAGUCUCAAAAAGUGUUUUCCUUGAAUGUUAAGAAAAAAACGAAACUUCAAAGAUAUCUGUAGGAUUUCAUCUGCCUUUUCUCUCCUAGAAAUGUUCUCUAAGUCUGAAGCUGGAAAUUGUUGUCUGAAUGUAAGGUGUGUGUUUUAGUAGUAUUAUGUUGGUUUCUUUAAUUAGUUUUUUUUAAUUUAUUUAAGACGUGUGUCAUUUUCUCAUACAUUUAUUGCACUUCUGAUGUUUUCCAUGUGUUGUGUACAUUUUUUGGACAUUGCUCAGUAUUCACACACCAGCUGGUCCUCUGCUUAUUUUUAUGUUGUGUGUCUCCUGUGCCUUAAUAGAAACUUUUCGAUUUGUAGGCCAAAAUGCACCAGCCUUUACGAGAAUUUAUCUGCUCAGGAUUUGAGUAUGCAAAGAAAUAUGUUCUGUUGCAGGUGACACUUUUAUCUUUUCUGAUAGUUUCAAAAAAUAAAAAUGUAAGCAUGUCAAAGCAUUUCAGAAUUAGUAUAUUUUGUGAUUAUUUGAGCUGGACUCAAUUCCACAAGGUUUUCAGUGCAGAAUGGUUAUUGACGCUCAAAGUGGUAACACAUCUUAAAACGUUUCUUUUAAUGUCGGACCCUGGUGAUAUAAGUCAUCUGCAGCUUCUUUGGAUGUUCCAAUCUUCUUGACCGCGUAAGUUAAGUUUUGGUAUUUCUGCAUAGUUUGAUGAAUGCGUGCAUGGUUUUUGAUGUGUGCAGUUAAAAUGGUACCUAUCAUUCAAAUGUUGAUUUCGAUAUUUAUAACUGUUUUAUUCAUGAAUGACAAAUAAAAUAAAGUUUAAGAAAAAUGG